AUGCUCGCAUUCAGCCGCCUCACCAGCAUUCUCUUCUUUGUUCUUUCCCUUGGCUUCUUGGCCUGUGCUGCUCCCACCAGCAGCUCCCAAGGACUCGCCGUUCGCGAUGUCAAUGUCGAUGCCUCUGUUAUGCUCGACGCGUGUGUGGAUGUCAAGGCUAAGAUCCAAGCUCACGUCGAUGCUUGUGCCAAUGUCAAUGGCCUUGUCGAAGCCACCGUUACCGUCGGCGCCAACGUCUCGGCUGAUAUCAAAGCCAAGAUUGCCGCCGAACUUGCCAUCAUUGUCAAGCUUAUUGUCAAAAUCUCUGCUGUGCUCGUUGCCAAGCUCGGUGCCUCUGUCGCUCUUGCCCUUUGUGUUCAACUCGAUGCAGUAGUCAAGGUUCUUCUCUCUCCCUUGAUCGUGGUUGACAUUGACGUCAACGUCCUCCUCAACCUUAACCUUUACUUGAUCGCUCAAACUUGUGGUCUUAUCAAAGUCUCUAUUGUUACUGGUGUCAAGGCCGUAGUUGGUGCUGGUGUAGGUGUUGCUCUCUAA